UUGUUGUGAAAUGAAUAUAAUAAACUAUUUGGACAAAACCAGGAGGAACACCGGACUUAUGACCAUAUUCGUGACUGUGUGUCAACUCGACUUCUACGAAACAGUUAACCUUAUAUUCUUGAUAUAUUCUAAAAGUGGAUGAUAAUGGCGGUGUCGAAGAUUAAAGAAGACUUAAAAACAAAAGAAUCUGAUGAAAUUAGAGAAAUGUUUUGUGAAAACUGCGACAAUGAAGGAAAAUAUGCUGUAGCAGAUGGAUUUUGUGUUGACUGUAAUGAGUUCCUGUGUAGAGUAUGUUUGAAGUACCAUAAUAAGUAUAAAUCUGAACACAUGACCCAAGAUAAGGAUCAUAUGCCACAUGAUUAUUGUUUUGAGAAAUGUUCAAGUCAUCCCGAUAAAUGUAUAAAAUUCUACUGUCUCGAAUGUAAAAAGUUUGCAUGUUCAAAAUGUGCCUCUGUCAAUGGCAGUAUUUUGCAUGAACAUGUUUGUAUAUCACAAACAUGGACGCCAAUUCACACAGCUGUUCAGAAUACUGUGGAUGGAUCGUAUUCUCUUAUAGAAGAAGAUGUCACUAGUACGACAGGUGACAUAAAGACAGUGGAAGACAGAAUCCUUUCCACGCGGCAGAAUUGGCACAAAAGCAAUGAAAAAGUCCGAGAAUCAAUUACGUUACACAGAAAGGACAUAGAAAGACGGAUAAUUGAACUUGAGAGGCAGUUUUUAAGGGAAGUAGAUGAAAAAGAGUACGCUUUUAAAGCAAGCCUAGAUUCUGUUUCGGCAGAUGUUACAGCUAUGAAAACUAAAAUGGAUUCGCUUGCAUCUUAUCAAAACAAAGUGCUGCAGUCAAGCAAUCGCUGUUCGAAGUUUAUUGCGAUGAAAGAAAGUAAGUCGAGCGUUCUUUCUGUUCGGGAUGAACUUGUUAGCUUAGAAAAUAAACUUGUUUACAAAGUCUAUGCUUUUGAUACAACAGAAAGUCCAAACUUUGACGAACGAAACUUUGGAUUUUUUGUACCAAUAAAAUUUAAACAGAAACUUACCGCUUUCCACAAGUAUUAUCUGGAUGUCGCCGAAUACUUAGUCUGGAUUGUCGCAGGAAGUAUAAAUGAUCUGAGUGAGUACGACGGAUUACUUGUAGCUGUUGUAAGGGCAAGCCGAACGGUAGUUCUUCUUGAUCCUACCAAGCAAAAGAUAUUGUCAAAAUAUACUUUGAUGUCAUCGCCAGCACGGUCAGCUUCUUUGAAUAGAAACCGAAUUGCAGUUACAUUAACCGAUAUAGGCAUAAUUCAGAUAUUGUGCAUUUCAGAGUUAGAAGGACUGAAAAAGACAUCAGAUAUAAAAGUUGAUCGAGGUUGCUGGGAUAUUGUAUAUAAUAAACAUCAAGAUUGUUUUUACGUGUCUUAUUUGGAACCAGAGAGCAAGAUUGAAGUAUUGAAGGAAACUGGAGAAAUACUUAGAGUUUUGGACAAAGACAUCUUAGGAAAUAAACUGUUUAUUAGCCCAAGAAACAUUGCUCUCAGUUUUGGUGAAAGAUCCUUGUAUGUUUCCGAUACUGGCAGAGAUAUGGUCAUUAAGACAAGCCUCGAAGGCAAGGUAGAAACAGUUUACAAGGAUAAAGAUCUGAAAUAUCCGCGUGGAAUAGCAGUAGACGAGGACGGAUCAGUUUUUGUUUGCGGUGAAAGGUCAAAUAAUAUUCAUCAAUUAGCACCAGAUUUGUCGAAAAUUGGCAUAACUUUGGAAUCAAAAGAUAUUCAGUCGCCUCUCAGCGUUGCAGUUUUUAAUUGUAGGGCAUCGAAGUGUUUGUUUGUAGGGAUGGCUUCUAAUACAAAGAUAGAAGUAUUCUCUCUCACUUAAAACGUUGUCAGUGGAAUUGCACACUCAACUACAAGAUUCAUAUUGUACAUACUAAUGUAUAGAAUAUCCAUGAUCAAUUAAAACAUUACUGUUAUUAUAAUUGACAAUUGUUAUACAACCCGAUUUAUAUCCCUAUUAAACAAAGACGACGGAGCCUGGUAUUAGUAUGUAACACAUGCACCGAUUGUACGUCAUUAUUACUUCAUGUAGCGUCAACAGUAGAGCGCUGGAAAAGAAAACUGCGCAAAGCAGGCAAUUACAUGUAUAUGGCGAAUAUCUUAUGAAGAUAACAAUCCUUGAAAACGUGUCAGAAUUGAAAUAAUGUAUAUCAAACUUUGACUUGUUUUUAAAUAACAUUAUUGUUUGUUGUUCAGAUUUUUACCUAGGGUUAAUUUUACCAAGCUUUAAACAAUUCGGUGCAGAUGUAUAUUUUUGCAUCCACUUGAUAUGAUUACUUCACAUCUUACUCUUCACAGUGACUUUUUUUACAACAGAGCACAGUUUGAUACAUAUUUUUUCAUUUUACAAUAAUUUACUCAAGUCUAUAGAAUUUUAUAUACAAUCAUUUUUACUUUUAAAUAUGAUUGUCGGUGUACAUUCGUUAUACAAAUGUAUUUAAAUAAACAGUUAUUAAAGUA